CAAAAUAAGAAUUUAUAAAAGUCAUUUCUAAAAGUUAUUCUCGUUACAAAUAACAAUAUUGAAAACCUUUUUGUGAUAUAAAUAUCGUGUUUAAUUUACCAAUAAUUACUCUUAAGCUUAGUAAUCAUUUCAGAGCGGUCACAGUGUUACAUCCAGACUCUAAAAUAAUUUAUCACUCAAUAUGAUGGACUGUGUAGAAGAAACUAACAAUGAUCCCCUCACUGCACCAAUAUCUUCUCCAUCAUCAGGAGAUUCUUCAAUGGAUAAAAAGAAACCCAGUGAAAAUGUGUCCUUAGCUGAUAACAGUUUGCUGGUGGAUAUAUCAGAUGCACUCAGUGAAAAGGAGAAAGUAAAAUUUACUGUACAUACCAAAACAACCCUACCUGAGUUUCAAAAGUCAGAAUUCUUAGUGGUACGCCAGCAUGAGGAAUUUGUAUGGCUCCACGACAGAUAUGAGGAGAAUGAAGAAUAUGCUGGGUAUAUUAUCCCACCAGCACCGCCAAGGCCUGAUUUUGAUGCUUCUCGUGAAAAACUGCAGCGUCUUGGAGAAGGAGAAGGUGCUCUAACAAGAGAAGAAUUCCUAAAGAUGAAAGAAGAGCUGGAGGAUGAAUACUUGGCCACAUUCAAGAAAACAGUGGCAAUGCACGAGGUGUUCCUACAGCGUCUGGCGGCGCAUCCAGUCUUCCGUAAGGAUGCCCAUCUUCGGGUAUUUCUGGAAUAUGAGCAAGAUCUGUGCGCAAAACCGCGGGGCAAGAUGGAUCUUAUCGGAGGGCUUGUCCGGUCAAUGACGACAACGACGGAUGAAAUAUACCUUGGUGCGACUGUUCGUGAUGUCAACGAUUUCUUUGAACAAGAGACUGCUUUUCUACAAGAGUAUUAUUCACAUCUCAAAGAGGCUGUGGCCAGGGUGGAUCGGAUGACAGCAAAACACAAGGAGGUAGCAGAUGCUCAUAUAAAGCUAUCAUCUUGUAUCACACAAUUGGCGACUCGAGAACAGCCUCCCUCCGAGAGAUUCCUAACACGCGCCGCUGACACGUUUGACAAGUGCCGGAAAAUUGAAGGUCGUAUGGCAUCAGACCAGGAUCUCAAGUUGGCUGAUACACUCCGAUACUAUAUGAGGGACACCCAUGCCGCUAAAGCAGUGCUUGUUAGACGUCUUAGGUGUCUUGCAGCUUACGAAGCUGCUAAUAGGAAUCUCGAACGCGCCAGAGCUAAGAAUAAAGACGUUCACGCCGCGGAACAAGCUCAAUCCGAAGCCUGCGCCAAGUUUGAGCAGCUCUCAGCGCGUGCUAGGGAAGAACUCAUCGACUUUAGGACCAGACGUGUUGGGGCUUUUAAAAAGAGCCUUGUAGAACUAGCUGAACUGGAGAUCAAGCAUGCUAGAGCACAGCAGGAACUAUUCAGGAAAUCACUGCAAAUGUUAAAGGAGUGUCAAUAAAUAGAAAUAAGGAUAAUGUGCAAUUUUUGUUAAUUAUAUAAAUGUUUCUAAGGGAGAAAUAUGUAUUCGCAUUGUAUGUAGUUUAUUUACGUGAAAAUAUUUUAUUAUUUCUCAUAUAAACGCAGGUUUAUCAAUUACAUAUUUUAAACGAUAUUCUUGUUCCUAGAUAUGAUUUUGCUGCAGGAAAAGACUAUAUAUUAUAAACUUUAUUGUGAUGGCAUGAACUCACAUGAUCAUGUGGUUUCUCAGUAUUGUCUAUGGCCGAACCAGGCUCUUACGUUUGGUAUUAUUUGCAAAUUCCCAAUAAAUUUAUGAAUAAACUGCGUUUUAAACUUAAAUUAUUAUUGAGUUAAGCGGAUAACUGGUGUAUGUCUGGAUCACAAUAUUUGAAUCCAGUAUGAUAUGGAACACAACAAUAUCACACUAAUUAAUCAUAAUUUUGAAACUACCCGCAAAAAUUGCAACUUUAGCGGGUAGAUCAAUACUAGAAUAAAUAUUGUGAGCAAGUUUUUUUUAUACGUAAACUUUGUAAACAUAUUGGACCCGAUUUCUGAAAUCGCUUAGGGGACGGGGGAUGCGGAACGGGUCAGAUAAGCUUGUGACACUAUCUCUCUCUUAUGUAUUAGUAACAUUCCGCUAUUUAUUUAAGGAUUUCUUUAAUAAAGUACUGAUGGUUCUAUAAUUUUUCUAUACGCUUUAAGCUUUUAAAGAAUGCUGUUUGUUACAUGCAGGACUGGGCCGUAUCAAAAUUCAUCAAAAAUGACUCUUCUCCGUCUUUGACUUUACUAAGUGCGCCCAUUUUUGUAACAGUAUUAAAAGUCAUUUUGAAAUUAAAAUGUGUUUUAAAUGUCUAUAUUGUAUUUUUUUGAAUUACUUAGUAAUUUAAAUUGUUUUUGGCCAAAUUUAAACUAUUGUUAGUUAUUUUGAAUGUAAGAAAUAUACGAAUUAUACUUGUAAA